AUGCGUGGAGGAUUUGGUCGUGGAGGAGGUGGACGUGGCGGAUCCAGGGGUGGCGGAAGGGGUGGUGGUGCUCCUGGACGGGGCCGUGGAUUUGCGUCAAGAGGCGCUGGACGUGGAGGACGUGGAGGAGGACGGGGAGGCCGCGGUGGAGGUGCCGGUGCCAAGGUUGUCGUGGAACCUCACAUGCUUCAUCCUGGUGUAUUUAUUUCCAAGGGGAAAGCAGAUUCGCUUUGCACCUUAAACAUGGUUCCUGGAGUCUCGGUUUACGGAGAAAAAAGAGUUGAACUAGGGGCUACACAAAGUGGUGAUGAAAAGAAAGAAUAUCGACUUUGGAAUCCGUAUCGUUCAAAGCUUGCGGCCGCCAUUUAUGCAGGUGUUGGGAGUAUUCAUAUGAAACCAGGGUCAAAGGUUCUUUAUUUGGGAGGGGCAAGUGGUACAACUGUAAGCCAUGUAAGUGACUUGGUUGGACCUGAAGGAAUGGUUUACGCGGUAGAGUUUUCGAAUCGCAGUGGUCGUGACCUUGUGGAUAUGUCGAAACGACGACCUAACAUUGUUCCCAUUAUUGAGGAUGCUCGUUAUCCCAUGAAAUACCGAAUGCUUGUACCCAUGGUGGAUUGCAUCUUUAUGGAUGUUGCCCAACCGGAUCAGGCACGUAUUCUUGCCCUUAAUGCCCAGGCAUUUUUGAAGAAUGGAGGACACUAUGUAAUUUCAAUUAAGGCGAACUGUAUUGACUCAACGCUGGAGGCCCCGGUUGUUAUUGCAUCUGAGUUGAAUAAGCUUAAAAAGGACCGUUUAAAGCCAUUAGAACAGGCUUCACUGGAGCCAUUUGAGAGAGAUCACGCUGUUGUGGUCGGAGUAUAUAGAUCCGUUAAGAAGUCGACUGCAUAA